AGGACCUGGUGGCGUGGGUCACGCUGUCCGACCACGUGAUCCCCAGCUUGGAGGACCUCCCUAACAGCGCCACGGUGGGGCGAGAGAUGUCCUUCUACCUGUCUCCCUUCAACUACUUCCCCGAGAGUCCUACCAUGUCCUCCCGGGACGCCGUGUUCCUCGGUCUGGCAGACCCACAGGAUCCGGCGCGGGGUCUCCGCUACUUCCCGCAGGGGGGACCCACUGAGGAAGCCCCGCCCCCCGCCUGUCAGCUGGACUUUGUGAACGCGUCAGUUCCGUGGAUCGAGAGGCCGGACUCGCUGGUGGAAGCCACGGUCCACGACGGGGUCUUCUAGACGUUUUACGGCCGGUCCAGCUCACGGCUGGCUCCACGCGAUCCUCUUCUCAACAGUGACUCUUCUCCCUCCCCUCUCCCACCAACCCCCCAUCACCCUCACCACCCUCUACACCACUCUCACAUCCCUUCACCACC